GAGAAGUGAAGGAAGACCCUUUCUGAUGUGAGCGAUGGCCGAGGGAGACGUUGCCCUGGCCUGCGAACCAUCCGCCGGGCAGGAGGAGCGUCCGUACAAGUGCAAGCAGUGCCCCCGGAGCUAUCGCCACGCCGGCAGCCUGGUGAACCACCGGCGCACCCAUGAGGUGGGCCUCUACCCCUGCUUGCUGUGCCGCAAGGACUUCUCCAACCCCAUGGCCCUCAAGAGCCACCUGCGCACCCACGCUGAAGACAAGCGCCACAAGUGCCGGGACUGCGGUCGGAGCUUCCGGGCCUCGUCCCAGCUCGGCAGCCACCGCUGCGUGGCUCGCGCUGCCCGAGACCAGGAGGAGGAGGAAGAGGGGAGCAACAGCGGGGGCUGCUGCAGCUCCCAAAGGAGCCAGGACACCUCUUCUUCGGACGCCGACACCUACUCUGGCACGGAAGGCGGCGGGAGCCUGCUGACCAACCUGGAGAAGUACAUUGCAGACUCGGUGGUGCCGGCCGACUUUUCUCUGCUGGAGUUCUCCAUCCAGAGGGGUGCGCAGAAAGAGGAGACACUCCAGAUGCCCCCGGGGGAGAAGGAGACAGAGCUCCGAGGCGCCGCCGCUGAGGAGCGGCGCUUCAAGUGCAACCUGUGCGACAAGGCAUACAAGCACGCCGGCAGCCUGACCAAUCACAAGCAGAGCCACACGCUCGGCGUGUACCAGUGCGCCAUGUGCUUCAAGGAGUUCUCCAACCUCAUGGCGCUCAAGAGCCACACCCGCCUCCAUUCUGAGUACCGGCCCUACAAAUGCCGGUUCUGCCACAAAGCUUUCCGGCUCCCUUCGGAGCUGCUGAGCCACCAGAAAGCUCACGACCAGGAAGAGAGCGAAGCGACCCGUCAACUCGCCUGGGGCGGCUCGGAACAUGGCCUCUGGGAGGAGGACUCCAUCGAGACCUCGGCCAAGCUGGAUAUUUACCAGCCUCCGCCAGCAGGCGCCAACUUUGGAGACGGUGCCCCCUGUAGCCUCAAAGACACUUCCAAGGCAGGAGGCGGGGAACGCUGCAACCCUGACGGGGAACUUUGCGUCCGCUGUGGCGGCACCUUUGCUCACGAAGAGGAGCUGAAAGGGCACAGCUGCCUGUAUCCGGAGGAGGCGAACGAAGAAGAAAGCGGGGGUAGCACCCCCUCCAGGCUGCCCCCCGGCUCCAACGGGACUUGGGAAGCUAGUUUGAAAGACGAGGAAGGCUGCCCCACAUUGGAGGAGCGGCCCUUCCGCUGCAAGGACUGCGGCAGGACUUACCGGCACGCGGGGAGCCUCAUCAACCACAAGAAGAGCCACCAGAUUGGGGUGUACAGCUGCAGCGUCUGCUCCAAGCAGCUCUACAACCUGGCUGCCUUGAAGAACCACUUGCGGGUUCACCUCAAAUCCAAGCUCGAGUUGGCUGCGCCAGAGGGGGCCUCCCAGCACCCCUGUGCCGCCUCGGACUCACAGCGAGAGGAAGCCAGCCUCGGUGAGCCCAGAGACUGCCACGCCCAGCCGCCAGACAUUUGGGGAGGAGCCUCCUGCCUAAAAGAAGAAGAAGAAAGAGGCGGCGGGGAGGAAGAGCGGCCGUACCGGUGCGGGGACUGUGGGCGGAGCUACCGGCAUCGCGGCAGCCUUGUGAACCACCGCCACACCCACCAGACCGGGGUCUUCCACUGCUCCAUCUGCCCCAAGCAGUACACCAACCUCAUGGCCCUGCGGAACCACAUCCGGGUGCACCUGCGAGCUGCCCGGCUGAGCGGCAGGGAGCCGGCUGAUGGGCUGACCUGUGCCAGCUGCGGGGAGAGCUUUGAAGAGGAGGCAGAGUUCCAGCUGCACCAGCUGCGCCACCUGCCCUGCAGUGAGGACAUUGAGGAGGCGGCCCUCCCCGGGCUCGGGGGCUUCCACCCCCAGGAGGCUGAUCUCCUUCAAGCCAUCAAGCAGGACGUAGAAGCCCUGGAGAACGGGGCGGUGGUGGCUGAGGACGUCCUUCCUUCCUCCGAGACGCCGCACGUCUGCGACCAGUGCGGGACAGCUUUCGCCAACGUGGCCAGCCUGCAGAACCACAGCUCACAGCACAGCCGCGAUGGGGAGCAGCUGGCAAGCGCGGCCGAGAGGCCCGCGUCUCCCGUCCCCAUCCAGCGCCUCUACGGCUGCGACCUCUGCGGCAAGUCGUACCGCCACUCGGGGAGCCUCAUCAACCACAAGCAGACCCACCAGACGGGGGACUUCAGCUGCUCGGUUUGCGGCAAGCACUUCCAGAAUGUCGCCUCGCUCAAGAGCCACUUGCGUGGGCAUCAGAGGCCGCGGAGGGCCCACUCUGGGACAGCAGCGACAGCCAACGAGGAUGAUGACACCGAAGCAGAAGAGGGAUCCGCUUUGCCAGGGUUGCUGCCCCCAGGCGACGAGUUCAAAGACAGUUACGACCCUCCGGGAGACGGGGCUCUAGCAAACUUCUGGCAGCCGCAGCUGGAUGUCCCCUCGCCAGCACCAGGAAACGCAGACGCGCUCCCCUACCUUUGUGAACAGUGUGGGGUGGGCUUCGACCAAGCCAGUGGCUUGGAAAGCCAUAAUCAGACGCACCAGUCAGGCAUUUACCAGUGCUCCCUCUGCCCCAAAGAAUACCCUAAUCUUUUAGCACUGAAAAACCACUUCCACGGGCACGCCAAGGCCACGGCAUCGAGCCCCGGCGGGAAUGGUGGCGCAGAGGAGCAGCCUUUCCUCUGCAGCCUCUGCGGCAUGAUCUUCCCAAAUGAGGAAGACCUCCAGCGCCAUCAUAGCUCGGUGCACGAAGAGGGCGAAGGGCAGGCAGACGGGCAGGAGGCGGAGCUCAAAACAGUCGCCGAGGCGCAGGUGGAAGAGGGCGGGGACCAAGGAGAGGAGCAGCUGCUCUCCCACAUCUGUGGCUACUGCGGCCAGACGUUCGAUGACAUGGCCAGCUUGGAAGAGCACAGCGAGGGGCACCAGGAAGAGAAGGCUGCAGCCUUGGCCGACACGUCCAUCCAGCUCCGACGGGUGCCACGCUCGGAGGAGGACCAGCCGCAGCUGUCGCCGGCAGAAGUGUCUUUGACUGCCAGCGAACCCCCAGAAGACAGGCCAUACUCCUGCAGCCAGUGUGGCAAGACGUACCGGCACGGUGGCAGCCUGGUCAACCACAAGAAGAUCCACCAGGUUGGAGAUUACCAGUGCGGUGUCUGCUCCCGGCAGUACCCCAAUCUGUCUGCCUAUCGGAACCACCUCAGGAACCAUCCGAAAUGCAAACUGAAUGGCAGCGUGCCGGAAAUCCAGCAACCGCUCCCUGUAGGAGGCACUGGUUAUCAGAAGGAGGAGCCCCCAGAUGGCAAAGUCUUGGUGCACGAAGGGGGGAAAGAUCCGCCAGGAACAUCCUCAUUUUUGUCUCCUGGGGGAGAGCAACAAUCGGGAGAGCGAAGAUCGGGACAAGAGGCUGUGUUGAACUCUAGCCAGUUUGAGACACAAAAGACGUCUGACGUCUGCACGGAAGAACACAAGGAGAAAGCAGCUCUAGAGGCCCAUCAGGGGCUCCAUCUUGUGGAAGAGAAUCAGGCAGAGGUAGAGGACACGCCGGUGAAAGAGGAGGAAGCGGCUCCCACAGGAGGGGAGGACGACGGCAGCCCCGGCACUGAAGAAGAGGGUUCCCCAUCCGAGCGCCCCUUCCAGUGCGAAGUCUGUGGGCGUAACUACAAGCAUGCUGGGAGCCUGAUCAACCACAAGCAGACACACAAGACGGGCCUUUUCCACUGCAGCGUCUGCCAGAAAGAGUUCUACAACCUCAUGGCCCUCAAGAACCACAACCGCACUCACUUUGAGACCAAACGCUACCGGUGCCUGGAGUGCCCCAAAGCCUUCCGCCUGCAGAAGCAGCUGGCCAGCCACCAGCGGGUCCAUCGGGAUGGGAAACGGGACCCCUCGUCUCAUCCCUCCAGGAGGCCCCCCCACGCCAGGCGGGCGGGCCAGAGUGAGAAUCCGUCCCACCCUGUUACUGCCCCCAAGCAUCGACUGGAUCCUGAAGAGCGCCCUUACCGAUGUGGGGAGUGCGGGCGCACCUACCGUCAUGCAGGCAGCCUGCUGAACCACCGGAAGAGCCACAAGGUCGGCCACUUUGCCUGCCCGCAGUGCGGCAAGGCCUACCCCAAUCUGAUGUCUCUCAAAAACCACCAGCGCGUCCACUACGAGGUCAAACGCCACCGGUGCCUGGAUUGUGGGAAAGCUUUCAAGUGGCAGCGGCAGCUGCUGCGGCACCAGCGCCGGCCCCAUCCCUGCGGCAGCGGCACGCUGGUGCAGGAGCGCGAGAGGAACCAGCGGGCUCCCAAAAGGGAGAGGGGAGGGGGUCGUGGCGAGCCGCCCCCCGGCCCUUUCCGCUGCCUUUCGUGCUCCAAGCAGUUUCCUGACCGCACCUCGCUAAGAAACCACGCCCGCGUGCACGCCAAGAAACGUUUUGAGUGCCCAGAGUGCGGCAAGGCGUACCGGGCGUCUCGGGAUCUGGCGCACCACCUCAGGAGGCAUCGGGCAGAGGCGGAGGAUGACGAGGGCUCCUCCUCCCCCAGUUAUCCGAACGCCAGUAAGCCCCUGGAGGAGGAGCGGCCCUACAAGUGUAACAGUUGCGACCGGACAUACCGCCAUGCCGGCAGCCUCCUCAACCACAAGAAGGCCCACGCCACUGGCCUUUACCGCUGCCCCACGUGCCAGAAGGAUUUCUUCAACCUCCUGGCCCUCAAAAACCACCUUCAAACCCACAGGGACAAGAAACGCCACCGGUGUCCUCACUGUGGCAAAGCCUUCCGGACUGCCAGGCACCUGGCAGCCCAUGCCAAAGUCCAUGGUGGCCCCAGAGAGGAAGGGACUUCUUUUGCCUGCGUGGUCUGCUCCAAGACGUUCUUCCACCAGCUCAGCUUCCGGCAGCAUCUGCUGACACAUGCCAAGGACAGCGGGCAACCUGCUGCUGGAGAUGUUCCCGCUGGGGACGUGAGCUGA